AUGGCCUCUAACGUAGCUAACUACGGAGAAACUAAUCCUGUGUAUGAGCUGGGUUUCAGGGAUGUGGUGAUGCCCACGGUCCAUGGACCCCAGGGUUUCCGUUCUGGGGUGGAGACCCGCCCCAAACAAUCCACCCUUAUCUCCGGCCAUAGGGAAAUAAUCGACACUACAACGAAGAGCUCUCCUGCAGUAUAUGCUUCUACUAAGGCUGCAGAUGCAGGGAUGUUGAUAAGCCCUCAUUGCGGUCGGUUCGAUGAGUUCAUUUUUCUGCCUAUCAAGACAUUAUCCACUCCCCCUACGACACAGUACUUCCUUCUAUGCUCCGUCGUUGUCCGUCGCUACUCCUACCUAGUAGUACAUGAUCAUCCGAACAGUAUCCAUUUAGAGCCACUAUGCUAUACGGCGCUCAGGAACGUUGGGUUUGAAAAUCUUAGUGGCUACCACCCCUUGCGUAUUCCCAUCCUGGCUGGAUUCUGGAACGUCGUCUGUCAUUUGACUUCGGUUCUCCUGAUCGAUCUGGCCUCUAAGCUUUUGCACUACACACCCACUCGUUCGCCCCGUCCGUCCCUGCUAGGGGGAACCCAUGGAAGACAGAUAGAAGCCAGUUGGAUGCCCGAGUUGCUGCUUAGUCUGUUCUCUGCGGAGUCCUUCAAUCAGGUCCUCCUUUGCGCCAAGGGGUUUGUUUAUUUGCCUCUUGCGAACUUCUUGUUCACUGAUUUGCCUCUGGAGUGGUGCCAUUUCCAGGGAAUCAUUCUAUGGCUCACAUCUUCACAUGACAGACCAUGCAACUGCUUUGAAGCUGCAUGUGGUAGCCUGACACCUGGGCCGCUCCGUUCUAGCUACCCAUCUGCUGCCAGCAAGCUCUGGGAUACCCAGCCGUGCGACCGGUCCGGUUACGUGCAGGAGGAGCUUACUGUCGGGCAGAGCCUUGCUCUAGCUAGGCUAGCUGGAAUGGCAUCUAGCGCUGAUACCGAGGUCAGCGUGGAAGUGUCCAUGUCCAUAAGACAAAUUAGGCCGUGCUAA